AUGUAUACUAGAGUUGAGUGCUGUGAGGAGGAAAAGUUAUCAGAUUUGUUGUAUAAUUGGUUUCAAUUGGAAAGUCAAGGAAUUAGCGAUUCGCCUUCAGGGAGGAGUGAAAGCGACGAAAAAAUAAUUCAGAGGUUUGAGGAAAACUUGCGUUUUAAGAAUGGCCGUUACGUUACGGGUCUCCUGUGGAAGCGCGAUCCAGUGGAUUUGAAGGACAAUUUUCAUUUGGCUAAACGGCAAUUGGAUAGAUUGCAAAGAGAAUUGGAAAGUGAUAGUUUUAUUCGUAACCAAUUCGAGGAAAUAAUUAAAUUCCAGAGGGAAAAUAAUAGAGUCGAGGAUUGUGCCGAAGGUGACGCGGGGUACUUCAUGCCGUAUAGGAGCGUGGUCAGGAAAGAUAAAAGCACUACGCAGGUUCGAUUGGUAUUUAAUUGUUCAAGUUCUAAGAGAGGCGAUUUGUCAUUAAAUGAUUAUUUGGAACAAGGCCCUAAUUUGAAUCCCAGUCUAUUGGAUGUCCUUUUGAAAUUUAGAAUAUUUGAAGUAGUUUUUUGUGGAGAUAUAGAAAAGGCUUUUUUGAUGAUUGGAGUGGCUGAACAAGAUCGUCGUUAUUUAAGGGUUUUGUGGAAUACGAAUGAUAAAGACCGAGAAUAUGUGGUGUUGCAAAUGAGUCGCGUUUUGUUUGGAAGUAGAUGCUCACCAUUUUUGUUGCGAGCCACAAUCAGAUAUCAUGUUAGAAAAUAUCUCGAAAGAUACCCGGAUUGUGUCGACAUGUUGGACAACGCAUUAUAUGCUGAUGACUUGUGUUACGGCGCUGAGACGGUUCAAAAAGCUUUCAGCUUGUCUUCAGGUGCAGUUACUAUCUUGAAAGAUGCAGGGUUUAACUUGAGAAAGCUAUGCACGAAUUCUAAGGAGUUGUGGACAUUGUGGAUUCAAAAUGGAUUAAGUGAUGGUGUUGGGUCUGAGCAAGAUUCUAAGUUGAAGGUUUUGGGUUUAGUGUGGGAUUUAAAGGAGGAUUGUUUGGGGGUUGAUGUUGUGCCUUUGUUGAAUAGCUUGGAGUCGGUAAGGAAUACAAAGCGGUCUGUGUUGAGUGUUGUUGCUAGGGUAUUCGAUCCUUUGGGUUUUAUUAGUCCGUUUGUUGUGCGUGUUAAGAAACUUGUACAGGAAAUUUGGGAAAGAGGUAUUGAUUGGGACUCAGAGUUGCCAGAUGAUUUGAGAAAUAAGUGGGAGAGGUGGUGUUGUGAAAUUGCAUAUGGAGCAUUUGCGUAUUUUCGGUGGGAAACUUCAUCGGGUGAGGUUGGAGCGUACUUUGUCAUGGCGAAAAGUAGAUUAGCACCUUUGAAAAAAUUGAGCUUACCUAGAUUAGAGUUGAUGGGAGCAUUGGUUGGUGCUAGAUUGUGUAAACAUUUAUCGGUGGUUUUUAAGAAUUGGGUUAAAAGAGUUGUUAUGUGGACGGAUUCUGAGAUUUGUUUGCAUUGGAUUAAGAGUUCAGCGUCGGAAUGGAAACAGUUUGUGGCAAAUAGAGUCGUUGAAAUUCAGAAUUGUUUAGUUCCUGAUAGGUGGUUCCACUGCCCAGGUGUGGAGAACCCAGCUGAUCGGUUGACCAGAGGAGUGUCGGCGGGAUCACUAAAAAACGAUGAUAUAUGGUGGAGUGGACCUCGAUGGUUGAAAGCACCGCAGAGCGACUGGCCUCAACAAAAACUCAGAGUUCAAGACGAGAGUAUACCUGAGAAAAAGAUCGUUGUACACACUACGAUUGUUAAGGAUGAUCCAUUGAUUGACAUUUCCAGAUUUAGUAGUCUUAACAAGCUGCUGAGAGUUAUUGCCUAUGUGUUGCGGUUUCUUGGGAAACUUGGAGGAAGAAGCAGACAGAGAGGUCCGUUGGUGGCGGUGGAGAUGAGCGAAGCAGAAGAAUUUUGGGACGGUCUUCUUCGUGUAAAAGGACGUUUAGAACAGAGCGAGUUGACGCAGGAAGAAAAGCACCCAAUACUUCUGCCCAAGUCUAAAUAUACCGAUCUCUUGAUACUACAUGAACACAAUCGAGGGUUCCAUUUAGGUGUGAUAGCUACUUUAUCCAGAGUAAGGAAAAGAUUCUGGAUACCAAGAGGACGACAAUCAGUGAAAAGUGUUUUAAAUGGUUGUCUUGUGUGCCGCAAAUACAAUGCAAAACCUGCAAGACAACAGACGGGACAAUUGCCUAAAGACAGGAUAGUUGCUUGCCCUCCGUUCACUACUGUAGGUACAGAUUUUACAGGAUCUAUAACUGUGAGGACUACCUCAGGUGCUCUACAGAAGGUGUAUAUUGUGGUUUUCACAUGUGCUGUGACUCGAGCAGUUCACCUUGAAGUGGUUUCUAAUAUGAGCGUUAGAAGUUUCAUUCUAUCGUUGCACCGGUUUAUGGCUCGAAGAGGUGGCGUAAAGAUAUUUUAUUCUGAUAACGCUAAGACUUUUCGAAGCUCAUGUGAAAUCCUUAAGCAGUUCAAAAACAUAAUAAGACAACCCGAGCUGAAGAGUUUUAUUGCUUCUGAAGGUAUAUCCUGGAAGUUUAUUCCGGAGCGUUCUCCAUGGUGGGGAGGCUUCUGGGAACGAUUGUUGCGAAGUAUUACAGAACCACUGAGAAAGACGCUUGGAAGAACAUUGUUGACUUUGGAGGAAUUGUCAACUGUCCUUACAGAGAUGGAAUGCGUGAUCAACAAUCGACCGAUUACGUACGAAAGUGAUGAGUUGGAUGAACCAAGAGCUCUUGCGCCUUCACAUUUCUUGCUUCCUGGACAACGAGAACCUGGAUUUGUACCAGAAUACUUUUUGGACUUGUUUGAAUCUGCAUCGGAUCGUGUGACCUUGAGCAGACGUAAACUUCUCCAGACUAGACUUUUGAAGGAACUUUGGCUUAAAUGGAAGGAACAGUAUUUGUUAAUGCUAAAGAGUGCGCAUAAUCUUGCGAAUCCAUCGUCUUACAACAAUCUAAAAAUUGGAGAUAUCGUCUUGGUUGAAGGUGCAUCUAAAUCAAAAUUGCUCUGGGAGAUGGGAGUGAUACAAGAGCUAAUCAUGGGAAGAGAUGGACUUCUACGAGCAUGCAUAGUGAAAACGUCAAAAGGUAAAUUGAGAAGAGCAGUCGUUGUACCCUUUAGAAAUGUAAGGAAAGUGUACACUGUCGUGUACAGGUGGGGAGGAUGUUGGGAAAUGAGCCACUAG